UUAGCUAGUAGAUUCUUUAUAAUUCUGUAAAUAAUAUUCAACAUAAUUAUAGUGAACUCAAACAGUUCUGACCGCAACAAUCAUGGUUAUAAUGGACACAGGCGAAAGUGUUGGUACUUUAGAAGAACAAGCACUCAAAAGAAAAGAAAGGCUCAAAAAUUUGAAACGCAAGAAUCCUAGUAAUGAAAAUUCAUCGAAUGAUACGCCUGCUGACGUUGUGCCACUUCCCAAACCAAAAUUCAGAAGCUACAAACCGCAGGAUGACUCACUCCUGGAAGCCAAAUUAGAUGAUGCUGAACCUGCAGCAGUGGAGGCAGAAGUCAAAGAUUUGCUUGAAGCGGGAAAAGAGAAGAUAGUGUUGCAAGACUUAGACAUAUCAAGUUUAGCUCCAAGGAAACCAGAUUGGGAUCUCAAAAGAGAUGUAGCCAAGAAACUGGAGAAACUAGAAAGGAGAACACAAAAAGCUAUAGCGGAAUUGAUAUGGGAAAGAUUAAAACAGGGCAAUGAAGACAAUCUUGGAGCCAUGGUCACCAUGUCAGAUACCAGAGCUACUGAUGAAGACUGACACAAGUGUCAAAUACAUUUUAGCAAAUUAUU